GAAAUACAGCGGGCACUCAUUCUUCCAUUCCGAGCCGAGAUUUAGACGAAGGUGGCGGCCCGUCGUUACCUUAGCUUUAUUGAUUUAGACCCCACUAACCCCACGAAGCAACAACAAACUUCUUUGCUGGCAAACUACAAAGAGUCAAUAUUUACCGAACAAUCUCCAAGCAACUUUCCGCUAGUACCUUGCAAGUAUGGCAACAAAUACGAAGCUAUUUUCGCUCGAGGGGAAGGGACUGAAGCUGGAUACUGCGGCGGAUGUCGAGUCACACAUCAAGCCCUUGCGAGACAAUGAUGUCGAGGAGGUCCGAUUUCAGGGUAACACCUUGGGCGUAGAGGCGUGUAAAGUCCUAGGAGAGGUAUUGCAGACAAAGAAGAACCUACAGAUCGCCAAUCUGGCAGAUAUAUUUACUGGCCGUCUUCUUAACGAGAUCCCCCAAGCCCUCUCCUCCCUCCUUGAGGCCCUCCUUACUCUCCCAAAACUCCACACCAUCAAUCUCAACGACAACGCCUUUGGCCUGAACACCCAAGCCCCCCUCGUCGCCUUUCUCUCUUCGCAUGUCCCGCUCCAGCAUCUCAUCCUCAAUAAUAAUGGACUCGGUCCCCACGCUGGCGUCUUGAUCGCAGACGCACUUAGCGCUCUCCACACAAAGAAAGAAGAGGCCAGGAAAGCAGGCAAGGAAGUGCCUCACCUUGAGACCGUCAUUUGUGGUCGUAACCGCCUAGAAAAUGGAAGUAUGACUGCUUGGGCGAAAGCAUACAGUCUGCACACUGGUGUCAAGGAGGUCAAGAUGGUACAGAACGGUAUCCGCCAGGAGGGGAUCUCGCAUCUUCUCACAGAGGGACUCCGACAUGCGAAGGGUAUCAAGGUUCUGGAUCUGCAGGACAACACCUUCACGAUUCUUGGUGCCAAGGCUUUGGCAAGUGUUGCUCCGGGCUGGACUGACGUUCAGGAACUUGGAAUUGGAGAUUCUUUGCUGGGAGCUAAAGGAGGGGUUCUAUUCGCCAAUGCUCUUGGAAAGGGCCAGAAUAAGAAGCUCGAGCUGUUGAGACUACAAUACAACGACAUCACUGCUAAGGGUCUUGAAGCUUUCGCAGCAGCAGCUAAGGAUGCUCUGCCCGCACUGAAGAAGAUUGAAUUAAACGGCAAUAAAUUCUCCGAAGAGGAUCUCUCACUCAUGAAACUCCGCGAGUUGCUAGAAGCACGCAAAGAAGAGCUUGCAGGCGACGUAGUGGUUGAGGACGACUGGGGACUCGACAGUCUCAGUGACCUUGAAGAUGAUAGCGACGCCGAGGAUGAGGACGAGAGUGAGGAGGAGGAAGCCGAGGCUGAUGAGCUGAGAGAGCGACUUGUGAAGGAGGCAGAGGAGGCUCAGGAGGAGCCUGUUGCACAAAAGCAGGACAGGGAUGUCGAUGCCCUAGCUACUGAGCUCAAGAAGACUGAGAUUUGAGGUGGCGAUUUGUGGUUGAUUGUUGGUGGCUGUUGUUGCGGAUAUAUAUACCCGGGCGUGGAGAUUAGAGUCGUUUUAUAGAGAAAUGCACAUGAUACCUACUGAAUGGUUGUCCAGGUGUCUUCAAGCUCUCGGGGUUUUGACAGCCUUUUGCUUCGCAAGAUUCGUCCACAUGGCAAUGCAUAAAGUACUAGACGGAUAUCGCUAUCGUAUCAUUCAUCAGCGAUUCCGUAGCCUCGAUGCCAAUUCGGGCUCGUCUCAAAAUCUUCAUGUGAUUAAGACGCAGAAGUCAGGCGCGCUGUGUCCUUGUCUGUUACUGCUGGAUCACCGUCAAAAGAAUGGAAGAUGUGGCAAUUUUCCAAAACAUCUGCACUUCGAGGCAGGUUGGCCUGUAAUACAGAAGAUGUAUUCUAGGAUCUUCCUGGAUUGAAGCUCACCACUAUGUGCAGUUCAUGGCUUUUAGGUGUCACGGUGUCUUGGAAUUUAACGAGACAACCAUGAAUUUAAAGCAUAUACGGCAGUAACAAACACUGGCGAGUGUGUAGCAUCCUAUAAUUACAAAGUCAAUUUACACAUUA